UUUAAGGGUAUGUAGGUUGAUUUUAGAAGAAACAGGAAGACAAAAGAGAGGUCACUGACCCAUACUAUACCAUGUUCGAUCUUCAAAAUAUACAUCUUAAAUUCACCUUCAUUUAAUGCUUAUGAUCUCUUCUUGUAUUAUUAUUAGCUUAUUUCUUGUUCUCACUAUUUAAACACAAUUUUUGGUGCAUCAUCACUACUAGCUUUGAAUCUCUCUACCUCCUAAAACCCUAGCAUAUCAUGUCAAAAAUCUCUUGUUUUGCUACCAUCUCCCUUCUAUGGUUAUUUUCCUUGACUACAUCAGCUAGCGCGAGCCGACGACUUACCGGAGUUGUUGUCAACCAAGAGCUGCCUCAAAACACCACAUUUCAAGAUCCUAUGAAGAAAAUGGAGAAGGUGAAAGUUAAGAGUACAAUCAACAUGAACGAGCCAUCUCAAGUGACUUCUACGAAAUUAUUAGACGAUGAAGACGGGAUGAAGACGAUGAAAAAGGAAAGAAAAAAGAAGGAAGAUCGACACGAUCACAAAACCGAACAUGAUACAAAACAAAGCAGAAGACAAGAUGGAGCAACGCGUGCAUACACUAAAACUUUAACGAAGCUCGUUAAGAGGAAGAGUCCUAGAGUUGUACUAUGGCGUGUGCCGAGGCCGAAAAAUGAAGUGCCACAAACAGGUUUUAACUUAGAUUAUGCACCACCAAAAGUGCAUCCUCCUACUCACAACUAAAAAUUUGAAUUUUCAAGUUUCAAAUCCUUGAGAAAACUAAGUAGUUAGAGUUAAGCGGUACGUUGAUAAGACCAAAUAAUCUACGGUCUUUUACUCUUUUAUAUAUCAAAUAGUAGUAGAGUGUAACAACUCGUUUUUUGUACAUAAUAAUAAUUUUUUUUCCUUCUAUGAAA